UUGUGCGCAUGCGCACCGCAGACUCGGGGCCACACCGUCUGCUGCUGUAAAGCGAACGAGUUUGGGCAAAAGAAAAUUGCUGUAGUAAACAAAUUUACUGGUCUUUUUUUUUUUAGAGAAUUAUAGCAACCGGCCGUUAAAAUGGCGAGGUACCUGAGGCCGCCUAAUACGUCUCUCUUCGUGAGAAACAUCGCCGACGACUCCAGGCCAGAGGAUUUACGACGUGAGUUUGGUCGUUAUGGGCCUAUAGUAGACGUCUACAUUCCACUUGACUUCUAUACACGGCGGGCCAGAGGAUUUGCUUACAUUCAGUUUGAAGAUGUGCGCGAUGCGGAGGACGCUCUACACAACCUGGACCAUAAAUGGGUUUGCGGGCGUCAGAUCGAGAUCCAGUUCGCCCAAGGGGACCGAAAGACUCCUAACCAGAUGAAGACCAAGGAGCACCAUUCCCCUCGCAGUUCCUCCCGUCACGACGACGAGCGGGACGGCCGCCGAAGACGCUCCAGGAGCCGCAGCCACGAGCGCCGCAGGUCACGCAGCCCCUCCUACGAGCGCCGGCCACGGCGCUCCGAAAGCCCCAGAGAAUCUCGGUCCUACAGUCGACACAGACGGAGCAGAAGCCACGAAAACGAGAACAGGUACAGAGGUCCUCCUCGGGACCACCACAGGGCCCACCGCGAGCCGCCCCCCCGCAGCCACUCCCCGUCUCGCUCCCCAUCACCCUCCUCCAGACCCCCGCCCAAAGGUAAAAAGAGCCAGUCCAGGUCCCACACCCCGGGGGAGGAGUACCAGCCCAACCCGAGUCCCCAGAAGCAGCCCGUGGGACGAUCCCCAUCCCGCUCCUUCUCCAGAUCCCCGUCCCGCUCCCGCUCUCGCUCCAGGUCCUGGGCCGGACGGAAGUCCGGGGGCCACUGAGCGGCUCGGAGAUCUGACCCCGGAGAUUCCCCAACGAGUGUUACUGUGUCGUGUUUGCAUUUGUUUAUCCGUUGCCAAAGGGUUAGAGGGGCGGCGAGAGCCGAGGUAUUUUUUUAUUUCGUUUCAUAGGGAUUUGUGGAAGCAGUUGAUACCCGGGAAGUAGUUUUGGGGGGAUUUGUGGAACAUCAGCGGCUGCAGGAGGUAAAAUGUUGGUUUGGCGUUGCCCGUACUAUUUUUGUACUUUCAUUCAUGUAAAUGAACACCAGUCUGUUUGGCUUUAUUUGUUGAAACGAAACAUGAAUUGUGAAAAGUGACGUUUUAUUUCAGCCCAUACUCAUCAGUAUUUACCAAGUACGCUGUAAUUAGUAUCAAGCAGUUGCUCCCUGAUGUUGUCCAGUAUGCAAUGUGACAAUGUUUGACAUUGAACUGUAUUCAUUUGUUUUUUUGUUCAGUGGGUGAAAAAGUUGAAUAGUUCAAGUAUUCCUUAGUAUUAUUGUCCUAGUUUGCUUUUAAAAUAAAUAUUUUUUUUUAAGCUUG